AUGAUAGAAGAGUUUCUCAAUGCAUUUAUUGAAAAAGGAUACUAUAAGGAAAUUAAUUCAGUUCUCAAUAAAACUGUUAAUGGUUUAAUGACAGCAGUAUUUUGCAAGCAUAGUCAACAUAUAGUGGAUCUGGUUAUUCCAAUUGCAAUGAUUUCAGGUGAUGAUACAAAAUUUCAACAUAGCAACAUGUUCUUUAUUGGCAUGCAGAUCAAAAAUCAAAAAAAACAUAACAGCAGUGAUUAUCUUAAUGAAGAAUCAAGAGGAAUUGAAUAUCAGGAUAUUUAUGA